GACAGCGCGCCCACCGGAAGCCGGCGGCGAACCCGGCCGGAUAAAACGUGGGCACCUACUUCCUCUUUCCCUCCUUUCCAGACCGAGACGAGGCGCCAUCAUGUCAUUGGUUAUUCCAGAAAAGUUCCAGCACAUUCUUCGAGUCCUCAACACCAACAUUGAUGGGCGAAGGAAGAUAGCAUUUGCUAUCACCGCCAUCAAGGGUGUCGGCAGGCGCUAUGCUCACGUGGUGCUCAGGAAAGCUGAUAUCGACCUGAGCAAGAGAGCUGGGGAGCUCUCUGAGGAUGAGGUCGAGCGAAUCAUCACAAUCAUGCAGAACCCACGUCAGUACAAGAUUCCUGACUGGUUCUUGAACAGGCAGAAGGACGUUAAGGAUGGAAAAUACAGCCAGGUCUUGGCCAACGGCCUAGACAACAAACUGCGUGAGGAUCUGGAACGAUUGAAGAAGAUCCGUGCACAUAGGGGUCUGCGACACUUCUGGGGUCUCCGUGUGCGUGGCCAGCACACAAAGACCACAGGCAGGAGAGGACGCACAGUCGGUGUGUCCAAGAAGAAGUAAAUACUUCAUCCACCAAAUGUUUCAAUAAAUGUUUUGUCAAACA